AUGGGGCCCCCGACCCCAGGGCCCACAAAUAUAUGGGGCAAUGGAAGCCAGGCAUGGGGAGCAUGGUCUGGAAUCGUGGCCCUCCCUCAGACCGCCAGGGAGCCGCGGAGAGCCACAUCAGGCUCCGCAGGGCUGGACUUCCAUGCCACCGCCAGACUCGUAUUAACACCAUGGAUGGGGAUCCAACUGGUGGAGACAGAUUUUCAGGGCCCUCUAGCACAGGGAACAGUUGGAUUACUUAUUGGAAGGUCCUCCUCCACUUUAAAAGGAUUACGUGUCCACCCAGGAGUCAUUGAUCCCGACUAUGAAGGCAUUAUUAAAGUCAUGGCCGAGGCGCCUAAAGGAAUUGUCACUAUCUCCCCUGGAGACCGUAUUGCACAGUUGGUAAUUUUACCUAGUCUGCAUGACUGGUUCCCUGCCGUGGCGUGUGAGAGAGGUGACAAGGGUUUUGGAUCUUUGGGCGGCAACAGUGCCAUCCUAUGA